AUGUUUAUACCACCACAAUUACUCGAACAACUUCCUCUGCUUGCUAUAUUCGUUAUCCCCGUUACUGGAGCUUAUUUUGGUCUACGAACUGUCAACAUGAAAAGCGCCAUUCAUUUUCAACAGUUUACACCCCACAGGGCUAAAAGGUGCCUACUUAUGCGUGGACCAGCUGCUCUAGCCUAUCAGAUUGGUUUCUCAUUAGCCAUUGUGGUGGUAUUUUCGACUGUGGCCGGAAUUCUUCACUAUGUACCGUCGCCGAGUUUAUUCAUCUACCUACAACUACGUUACCUUUCUUCGACAUUGAGACUGGUACUAUCAGCCCUUCAAACGGUCGUGACAGUGCUUUGUAUCAUACUUGUGCUAUUGCAUUCCUCGUCGUUACUCGCCUCCGUUUCGUUGUUUUCCGUCUGCCUCUGUGUAGCACUGAUGGCGUUUUUCCCAUUAUUUGGCAUAGUAUUCGCCGGUUAUUCCAGCAUCAUGACAUUCACGCUCAUCUUAAAUAUGUUUUGUAUACUCUUCGGUGCUGGUGCAUUACUUAUAUUUGGAAUAAAAGAUGUCACAUCGUUUCGUGAUAUUGUACCAUUCGAAUUUUCAUUUUCCGAUAGCGCUAUAUCACUUGGUGUCGGAUUUGUCGUUUCCCUUUAUCAGCUCACUUCAAGUCCUCUUCUCUAUCAGGCAUAUUUUCCUAUUCCAACACUCUACAAACUGCGGCUCACAUUGGCAUUCCAUGGCGUUUUUCAACUCUUCUCGUCUAUUCUGGUUUUCUUAACGAUUUCGCUUUUCUUUGCUUUUGUGGAGAAGCGAUGCGCUUUGUCGUAUUCCUACAAGACAUUUUUAUUAUUCGCUAAACAUACAGUACCUCAUCCAGCAUUGGCAUAUGCAGUAAUCGUCUCUCUCUUGACAGUUUUUAUGUUUUGCAUUCAAUGGCUGUACGUAUGUAUUACUACACAUAUCUGGGAAGAAUUUGUCAAGGGCUACUUACGAGAACUUACGACUAUGAAACAGCUCUGCUGUGUACAGUCUUUGAUGCUUAUCGUCUGUGCACUUUCUGUAACAGUGGUAUCAGUGAUACGACUACUGCAAUUACCGUACGAUCUGUUGACACCGUUUGCGAUGCUGGUCGUAAUAACACUCUGCGGUGGGAUGUGUGGAGUAUUCAUGUGUGGCUACUUCUUACCAUUCUGUAACUCAAAAGGAGCAAUGACUGCUCUGGCUAUCACAACUUUAACAUCGAUCAUUUUGUUUGUUCUGUUUGCAUCGAACAAUCCACUACCAACAUUGAAAAAUGGGUGCGUUGUCGAAAUCGCGACCAAUUCAACGCUGCAAAUCAGGUCAUUCAAUAUGGAAAAAAUGGUAGCGAUCGCUUCUCAAAUUCCAUUACAAGCACAUAUAGUCAUUGCAUUUUUGAUGACCGUCGUGUUGUGCCCAAUCGUUUCGCUGUUCACAGGUGGCCAAGACCAAAUGAGUAUCGACUGGAAUCUUGUCGUCAUACCAUGUUUCGGUUCAUUGGGAAGCCGAUCCCAUUACAGUAAAAGACCUUUUGUUGAGAGUGAAUCAUUUCGGUAUGCUCAACAUAAUGCGGGACCUGGUCUACUGAAGGAACAGCGGUAG